GGUGUUGGGGUAUAAAAGCAUGAAACUGUGAUCAGAUCCCAACAGAAGAUCUCUUAAGACCUCCAGCUGACAGACAUCACAGAUUGCAUCCCUGCAGCACAACUUUCAUCAUGAAGUUGUUGUCCGCUCUUCUCCUCCUGGUCCCUCAGCUGAACAGCUGCACAGCUUAUCUCUUUCCUAUGGACUGCAGUGAUAUCUUUAAACAGAACCGUGAGCUAUCCAGUGGAGUUUACUUCAUCUGUCCCUGUGGACCCACGUCUUGUGUCCAGGUCUACUGUGACAUGAAAUCUUUUGGAGGAGGAUGGACAGUGUUCCAAAGAAGGAUGGAUGGCUCAGUGAACUUCUACAGGCCCUGGAUGUAUUACAAGUCGGGUUUUGGGAACGCGGCGGGAGAGUACUGGCUGGGUCUGGAGAACCUCUUCCACUUAUGUCACAGAAGGAAGUUUGAGCUGGUGGUAGUCAUGGAGGAUUUUGAAGGACAUCAAGCUUAUGCACGUUACUGCUUGUUCAGUGUUGGUCCGGAGUCUUUGGGUUACCCUCUGCAUGUGUCUGGAUUCUCUGAUGGAGAAGCAGGAGACUCCCUGAGUUAUAACAGCGGACAGAAAUUCUCCACCUUCGACAACCGCCAGGACUGUAAUGACGUCAGCUGUCCCAGAUUAUUCCUGGGGGCUUGGUGGUAUAAAAAGUGUCAUAAGUCAAACCCAAAUGGGGUGUAUCGUUGGGGAUUUGAUGAUACACUCCACGGAGUUGGAGUGGAGUGGUCCACAUUUAAAGGCGAUAACUACUCCCUGAAGUAUAUUGCUUUUAUGAUCCGUCCUGUUCAUCAUUGAGAGCCUUAGAUAUUAAUGUUUCAAGUGAUCAAACUGAAUAUGUA